AUGGACCGCAGAACACGCAUGGACGCGAGGGUGCAGGAUGACUCGGAGAGCCCUCGCGAUCGUGCACGCGGGCUGCCACUUCCGGCGAGAGCGAGACGACUGGAGGAUCGCCUGGUCCCCACAGAAUACGAGAAGCGCUCCUGUGCCGGUAUGGGACCAAGGAUCCGUGCGAUGCGGAUUUCAGAAGCACGUCAAAAUCCGAAGGUGGCCUUGGGAGAUAACCUUUCCUCGGCAGCAGCUGCUGGCGAUGCGGAAAAAGUGCAGUCGCUACUGGAUCAAGGAGCAGAUCCCAAUCAUGUGCACGACACGAUCUGCUUUGACGUACCCUUGGCUCGCACGUCGAAUGUCCAGGUGGCAAAGGCACUGCUCGCUCAUCCCAACAUUCGUGUCAACGUGAAGGACAUCAACGACUACAGCAUUCUGUGCAACAUGGUCUUGCAUCAUGGGGAUAAGCCGGAUCUGGUUGCUGCACUCCUGGCGCACCCGAAGCUCGUCCCCGACCGCAAAGCGCUGCAGACUGCCGCGCGCUUUUCCGGCCUGGAGGUCAUUCAACUUCUCCUGGCGCACCCGGCCUUCCACCUCAACGACAACGAGGUGGGCAUGCUACAUUCUGCUAUGUCGAGGACGAAGCCUGAUGCCACCGGCAUCUUCGCAUGGCUUUUGAGUCAAAGCGACCUCGAUGUGAACCUGAAACUGAAGGAGAAUGGGGCAACCGCCUUACACCGCGCAUCGCAGAUGGAUUCGCUGACCAUAGAGAUCGGGCAGACAGAGAGGGGUGUGAAAACAGCCAUCGCAAAAGGGCAGGCGGAGAGGCUCCAAAUGCUCCUCCAGCGCCCGGAUUUAGAUGUCAACGCGGUGGACACCAAAGGUGCCACGCCGCUGCAUUGGUAUGCUUCUGCUGGACGCCUUGACCUAGUGCGGAUUCUCAUUGCAGACCCACGUGUGCUUCCGAGCCUUUGGCAUCACACCGCCGAUGGAUUGUCUCCUGCAGAGGUCGCUGCCAGCGAGCGCGACCGGCCACGUGAACGUUGGGCCCCAGCGCCCCUGCUGGCCCAGUACCAGGAGGUCAUCGACCUGCUUGAGCGGAGCGCGGAGGAGCGCAAACACGAGCUGGAAGGCAUCGUUCCAGCUGAGCUUGCCAAACAUCCGGGCACCUGGUCGAUGGCUGUUCGCUCGCUUUAG